CCGUGGUAGGUCUCGCAAUCUCCCUUCUCAAAGAGGGAUCUCCGUUCAACAUUGUAACUCAUGAUUGUAACCUUGAACGCGUUAAUGCAGUGGUAAAGCGCGAUAAGGCAGACGGCGAUUUCAUAGCUAUUACGCGUACAUAUGAGAUCGCAUUCUUUGAAGCGGGAUAAUCUGGAUAAUUUGAAGGGGCCAAUCUUUUGCGCAGUUGAUAUUGUUGAUGCGAACUGCAGUGUACCAAGGCGUAUACGAGGCUGAUUUUUGUACAGUACUUAUAUGGCCUACAAUGCCAGUGGACUUUUCCGACAUCUCGAAAAUACCAUGAUGAAAUCCUUCAAAGCGGGAUUCCACAACGUCAAACGCACUCUGUGCCGUUUCUGGAAGCAAUGGGGUCUUCGAAUCUCGGCUACUUUUUGGAUCGCAAGUCUUUUGGGUACUUGGAUCUUCUUAAUCGUUUAUUCCGUGAGUCCUUGGGACGGUGAGAGCGCUUGUGUACUGGACGGGGUUUUUACCUUGUAUCCGAAUUCAAAUUCUUACUGGAGUACUGCUGGCUUCUUUCAGAUCACACUAUCUUUUAGCAAAUUAACGUUUGCGCAAGCCAAGGUGGUCGAUGUUGCUUGGGACCUGAUUGUGGGUCGCGGCGGGCAAACUGUUAUGGCGAUUAUCAGCUGGCGAACCUUCGUUUCCUACAUGGCUAGAAGCAUGAGAAUAACUCCGGUAAACUAUAGUUCCUACCGAGCUAUCUUCCUUGAGCACAGUCCGAACAUAUACUCUAUCAGCCGAAUGCUGCGCGAUUUUGCAACCCGAAGAGGCUUACGCUCUCGAGUAGCUAUGGUCUUUAUGAUUUCGAGCAUGAUUUUUAUCCUCUCGUUUCCUACUCUUGCGAGCUCAAUGACAGGAUAUACUACUAGCGUUACAACUGCCAUCAAAGACUAUCGAAAUAACACUGUUCCCUUUGAUCAAUUUGGUUUAUUGUUCUCUAAAUCUUCCAGUGCAAGUGAGCAUGGGCUCGACGCGUCUUAUCUGAGAUGUCAACGCAAUCAUUACACGGAAGAACAGGGAUCCUCUCCUCAAAAUCAGACCUCUCAAUGGAUGACUUUGGACCUCGUGCCCCCAGUACUCGACUAUAAAAUAUUCGACAACAGUGGACAGAGUUUUAGUGGCCAAAAAUUGAUAUGGGAAUACUCGGGCGAUUUGUACGUACAAACAUAUAUUCAGCGACAAGGUAUUGGAACAUGCCAACGAAAUCAGGACUAUCGUUGGGGAUGCUCAUUCAUCCAACUGUUUGUCGUUCUGUCCCUGCUUUUAAUAUGGAGCAUUGGGACACUGAUCAUGUUUGUACGCUCGAAGAAAGGAGGUACACUCCCAAUCGACGGAGAGUACAGAUCUGUCAUCAGCUUCGCCACAGCCAUGUCACAGGAACUGAAUCUCGAUUUUGCGUCAACGACAGAAGAUGAUAUCAAGACGGCGGUUCGAAGAAUCGGCGGUGGUGGCAUAUACUACCCAUCACCUGCUGUCUCGAAAUUCCGGUCGGUUGGCCGAGUCUUGAAGGACUGGCUUCACGGCAGAGAAUGGUGGCUACUUGCGUUCAUUUUAUCCUCAACUCUUGUUUGUUUUUUCCCAUUUUCGAACAUUCCUUACGGGAGACUGAGGGCUUAUCUGUGGUAUUCAUCCAUUGGGCCACUGCUGGGGACUUUUAUUGCAUUGUUGUCAGGAGCGACUACAAAACGCCGCCUGGUGUUCUUUUCGAUACCCACCCUAUUGUCUUUUACUGCGUCGAUCCCUAUAUUCACGGUCACUCAGUGA